GACAAACGGCACAUCCUAUCGUCAGCACUCGCGAAAAAUAAAUCAAUAAUUAGCAAAAAUAGUUAUAAGCCAUGAAACGUUGUAGUGGAAAAGCAUAGUGUUAGAAGGUAUUUAACCAAAAAUGAUUCGAUCGAUAGAGUUACGAAAGUUCAUUCACUUUGUAGUAAGCGCCGUCGUGUUCGUGUCUCUUAUAAUGUGCCAUGACGAUGAUGAGAUUGAGGUAGCCUGAAUCAAAACACUAUCCAACUAAAAUAGUUAAAAUGGCGAACACAGCACAAUUAAUCCGCCGUCAAAGCUCAAGGGACUUGUACGCCCAACGCUCCUUGGAACGGAUGGAAAUGAAAGAACUGCGUGGUCGACUUGUUACUUUAGAAAAUGGACACUCGCAUAGACCUAAGGUUAUGUAUGGCGCGACUAACCAGGCGUUUGAAGACACCAGCCCCAGGCAGUCUUCCGAAACACCAAGUAAGGAAAGCUCUGUAGAAGAACGGGGUGGUUUUAAACCAGAAAAUGGAGAAGUUGAAAGAGAAUCGUGGGACAGCAAGUUGACGUUUCUGUUAGCUACGGUCGGUUAUGCAGUGGGUUUGGGUAACGUGUGGAGGUUUCCAUAUCUCGCGCAGAAGAAUGGGGGUGGCGCAUUUCUGAUACCAUACUUCGUGAUGCUGGCGAUUGAGGGCAUACCAAUAUUUUAUUUAGAACUGGCUAUUGGGCAACGUUUGCGAAAGGGAGCCAUUGGAGUCUGGCACCAAGUAUCUCCCUAUUUAGGUGGAAUUGGAAUAAGUUCUGCAGUGGUUUCCUUCAACGUAGCGUUAUAUUACAACUCGAUAAUAGCAUGGUGCUUAUUCUACUUCGCUCAGAGUUUCCAAGCUGAGUUACCAUGGUCGGAGUGUCCGAAAAAAUAUUUUAACAAUGGAUCAUAUACCGCAGAGCCUGAAUGUGCUGUAAGCAGUCCCACUCAAUAUUUUUGGUACCGAACAACUUUACAAAUAUCAGAGGAUAUUAACUAUCCAGAAACAUUCAAUUACAAGAUAGCUUUAGCCCUUAUCGUAGCCUGGAUCCUUGUGUAUAUGUGUAUGAUUAAAGGGAUUGCGUCUUCCGGAAAAGUUGUAUAUGUCACCGCUACUUUUCCGUAUAUCGUGUUAGUAAUAUUCUUCUUCAGAGGAAUAACUUUAAAAGGAAUGGGCGACGGUCUGAUCCACUUGUUUACUCCAAAGUGGCAGAGGAUUUUGGACCCUGUUGUGUGGCUUGAAGCAGGGACACAAAUCUUCUUUUCCCUUGGCUUAGCGUUUGGCGGUCUGAUUGCUUUUAGCUCAUACAAUCCAGUUGACAAUAAUUGUUAUAGGGACGCAAUAAUGGUCUCUAUGACUAACUGUUUAACGUCAAUGUUCGCCGGAAUCGUUGUUUUCUCGAUUAUUGGCUUCAAAGCAACUAUGGUAUAUGAGAAAUGCUUGAGCGAUAGAAAUCAGACGCUUUUAGAGAUGUUCGGAUCUGGAUAUAGGGAUAUGGUGUUUCCGGAGGCGGGACAAAAUAUUACCGUUGGAUUAAAUGGAAGUUUGACUCGUUUAAUAAUGCCGCAUUUACCUGAGUGCGAUUUACAAAAGGAAUUGGAUAAUACAGCAUCUGGUACGGGCCUAGCAUUCAUAAUAUUUACAGAAGCAAUCAAUCAAUUCCCGGGCGCGCAAUUUUGGUCCGUACUGUUUUUCUUAAUGCUGUUCACAUUGGGAAUCGACUCACAAUUCGGGACCUUAGAAGGAGUGGUCACAUCGAUUGUUGAUAUGAAACUAUUUCCGAAUCUAAGAAAGGAAUAUUUGACGGGUGGAAUUUGCUUGUUAUGUUGUCUAUUAUCUAUGGGAUUCGCGCAUGGAGCUGGAAGUUAUAUAUUUCUGCUUUUCGAUAUGUAUAGCGGAAACUUUCCAUUGUUGAUCAUUGCGCUGUUUGAAUGUAUUGGGAUCUCGUAUGUCUAUGGAGUGAAUAGAUUUGCAGACGACAUAGAAGCAAUGACAGGCCAACGCCCUGGAAUCUAUUGGCUAAUAUGUUGGAAGUACCUUUCACCACUGGCCAUGAUAUCUAUCCUGAUAUCCUCAUUUGCGGAGCUGGCUGUGGAAGGCUCAGGAUACGACGCCUGGAUCAGUUCUGAAGGAGACACAGUAAGAAAGCCCUGGCCGGUGUGGGCCAUACUUCUGGUAUUGGUUCUCGUUUUGGCUUCUGUCCUGUGGAUACCAGGAUUAGCUAUUUGCAGGUACUUCGGCAUCCAAGUGAUUGAUGACGAGGAACGCGCCUGGUUUCCCGCAGAGGACCUUCGCGUUUUCCACGGCAUAGAACCGCACCCCGUAACUUCUCUGCAGACAAUACUCUUUUGUACCAGGCCCGAUGGCACUGAAGGUUGCUGCUGGCCUGGAUGCUGCGAAACUGAUGAUGAGGAAUAGCAUAUCAGUAACAGAAGAUAGGCUUGUAUAUCUUGUUUCUUGCGUACAAAAUAACAUACAAUACAAUACAAUUUGACAAUAAUCAAGUAUUGAUAAUACAAAUUUUUGGAUGUUACCUUUAUUUAAGUAGUAAUUAUAAUGACUUACUGUUAUGCAUAUGUCGCAGCCAACUAGCUUAAUUAGCCGUUCAAUCAACAGCCUAGACGCUUUAAUAAAAAGCGCCGAUAAACGGCCUGUAUGAUUUCCAGCCGUAGGAUUUGUAAUGUAACAUUAAACAAAACUGGCUGGCUAAUGCUUAGGCCUUGUGGGUGACCAUGUGACAUAAUAAAAAACAUCUGACGAAAAGAAAUAUUUAUUUAAGACGAUUAUUUUUGGAAUUAUUGUUUGAAAUCAUGAGCGACGCCAAAUUUACAAAAAGUGGAACUAAAUAUAAACAGGCUAGGCAAUUAAUUAAACGUCACUUUCUUUCAUUAUUUGCCUAGCUGUAUCAAAUUAGGUACUGAAAUCUGAAUAACAUUCAGGCCGCUUGUAAAACGGCGCUGUAUAAGAGAGCGACUAGGUUGCUGAUUGGAAGGCUAAUUAAGCUAGUUGGCUGCGACAUAUACACAAUUCGCUUGAAUGAAAUAUAACGUAAAAGAAGACGCACAAGUUACAGUAGUUUUCAACUAUUCAAAGUAAUUAAUGAGAAGAUGUCAUGAUAUAAAUGUGUUUUUCUUUCGAAUACACAUAUCAAAAUAUCUAUGCGCAAAUAAUUUGUUCUAUAUGUUUUUUUUUAUAAUAUUUAUAUUCACUGAAAUAAUUUCGACACGUAUCGUAACAAUUUACGAUUUAUUAACCUAAACAAAACUUUUGCAUUAAUAUUUUCUUGUAAUUUAUAACUUUUUGAAGCUUUUUUUGAUAUUUCCAUAUUUACAAUUGUUUAAAUCAUCGUUGAAUGAACAUUAUAUGACAAUAAUGAAAAUAUUUUUAUCGUUAAGACAAUAAUACGAAAUAUAUGACAAUAGUAGUUACCUAUAAAGUAUUCUAUUUAUUUCCUUUUAAGCAUAGAUUUUAAGAUUAAAGCUAAAUUUUAAGUCAAGUUUCGAUAACCAAAUAUUAAAUGACACUUCACGACUCUUUGGGUAAGAUCCAGCUGUCAUGAUCGCAUGUGUCAAAUCCAUUACGUUUUUGACAUACAGGAGGCAUACUUACGCUAAGUCUCGAUUCUGAAUCUUACCCAUUGAAUUUAGAAUAGGAAUUGUUCUAUUUGUAGAACUUUAGCAUAGUCGCCAUUCGGGCUUAGUCCUAUAUAUCCAUCCGUAGAUGGAAUAUUGUAUAUGUUAAUGUGGUACACCCACACUGAAAUCAGUCUUGAUAGAUAAGAUUUUUUUUUUGUCCAUAGAGUAUUGUAUCUACGAAUCAAGUGGAGUACAUACUCGUGUCUUUAUUAUCUAAAAGUCUUAAGUAUAUCAUUAAUAAACAACGUUAUGCUCAGCUCAUAUCCAUUACGGCCGAGCUACGCUCGCCAAAACAGCUGAGCUGUAAAGGCCUUAAAGCCAACAGCGAAUUUCUAUUUCAAAAAACGACGGGUUGCACUCCCGGAGUGCCGG